AUGUACCAUGGCUUUCGCUAUCUCGCUGUCAAUACGACUGAGGCACCUACAGUGGCGGACGCUGUGGGCUUGGUGAUACGCACUGGCGCGGAAUCAGUCGGGUCUUUUGAGACGAGCGACGAUAUGCUCAACUCCAUUCACAGAAUCACUGAUCGUGCAAUUCAAAGCAACCUAUUCUCUGUCAUGACAGACUGUCCGCAUCGAGAAAAGCUGGGCUGGCUGGAACAAACUCAUUUGGUAUUUCAGCCAGUCACUCGCAACUACGACAGUCUGGCUCUAGGAAACGGCAUUGUCGCCACCAUGUUGGAUGCUCAGACCGACGAUGGAUUGGUCCCCGAUAUCGCGCCCGAGUUUGUCGUCUUUGCUCAAGGCUUUCGCGAUGAUCCCAAUUGGGGUAACGCCCUCGUUCGAAUGCCUUUGAUGCUGUAUCAACAGUAUGGGUUCACGAGUAUACUUGAAGAGUCUUACGACGCGAUGACUGCUUAUGUUGAUUUUCUUACUGCCAAGACAUCCAAUAACACUCUCGCCUAUGGUUUGUGUGAUUGGAUCACAUUUGACGAUAGCACGCCAGUGGGAAUCACCGCUACGUUUGGAUAUUACCAAGCACUCGAGGCCAUACAGCAAAUUGCCACGAUUCUAGGAAAGACCGCUGACGGUGAUACAUACGGUGCAACCAUUGAAGCGGUACAAGAGGCAUUCGCGUCCGACUUUCUCGCAAUCAGCGACGAUGGUGUGUAUACCUACGGCUCCGGUUCCCAGGCCAGCAAUGCAAUCGCACUCGACAUGGGCGUCGUGCCUGCUGAGCAGCAGUCGGCAGUGGCACAAGCAAUCGCAGAUUCCAUCAUUGAAAACGGUAAUCAUUUGACAGUCGGCGAGAUUGCUCUGCCUUCGCUUUUUCGAGCUCUCCAAUCAUUAGGUCUCAACGAUGUCGUCUACAACAUGAUGACGGUGUCGACUGCUCCGAGCUACGCAUACCAGGUGCUCCAGGGCGCCACGUCCCUAACAGAGAGAUGGGAUGGACCCACUGCUUCGUGUAGUGGCUGCAACAGUCUGAACCAUUUCAUGCUCGGAUAUGCUGAUCAGUGGCUGCUCGAACUGAGCGGCUUGUCGCAGGCAGAUAACUCGUCUGCAUGGGAGUCGAUACAGUACUCGCCCAUUUUUGUGACAAAUCUUACGAGCGCGAGCAGUAGCUAUCGUUCUGUUCGGGGCGUGGCGUCGGCGAGCUGGGCGCUGGCGGAAAAUACACUCACUUAUGACAUUGUUGUGCCUGUUGGCGCCUCAGGACUUGUGACACUCAAUUUGACUGCACUUGGACUUGAUACGAUACAGGAGAGUGGCACAGUGCUUAAUGAGACGUCCUCUGGGAAUGGAAUUAAUGGAUACUCUUUUACUAAUGGUACAGCCUCUGUAAAAGUCGGUUCCGGGCAAUACGCGUUUGUUGCGUCACUGGCAUCUUGA